CUGAUGUAGCGGCAGCAUUCCUGUCGGUGGAGCGCGGGAGGGGAGUGACCACACACUGCUUCCAGAGAAGCCCACUAAAGAGUCCAAGGCAAGCCAGCAAGAGAUAAAUGAGAGUAAUCUCCAGUCACAUCCUCUCCAUACGAUGAGCAUUUUCAGCAGUAUCUUUGUUUUGCUUUUGAAACUGCUUUGGAUUUUGAACCGUCACAUUUUAUGAUCCAGAGUUUGGAAAAAUCAUGGAAAAAACAUUGAACGUGUCGCAUUCAGGAAGCAGUAAAGGAAAGUGGUCCGCGGAUCUGGGGAAUCCCGCACACAGGCAGGCAAGAAGCGGCUCGUAUAGUCCCGGAACAGGGGCUAUCUCGGACACUCACCCGUCUCAGACCCAAAAGAGACACUUGGAGGGGGUUUUGAACAAAUACACCAAUUUAUUACAAGGCUGGCAGAACAGGUAUUUCGUGUUGGACCCUGAACUCGGCCAGCUUCAGUAUUUCAUCAACGAGCACAGUAAGAACCAAAAGCCACGAGGGUCCCUGCCCCUCAUUGGCUCCUCAGUGGCCCCAAGCGAUGAGUUUCCUUAUAUGUUCACAGUCUCUGCUGCAAAUGGAGAUUUCUUCAAACUGCGGGCUUGUGAUGCGCGUGAGCAGCAGAUGUGGAUGACCCAGCUUCAGCUGUGCACCCGUCGCCACUCAGACGGCAGCGCCAAGUACUCUACAGGAAGCUCUCUCCUUUUCUCUCUGCCGUCUCAUAUUGCACUUUUUCCCACCAUGCACUGCCCUUGCUUCCCCUCCCCCUCCCUGCCUGUAUGUGGCUGCUGUCUUGGUGGUGUCAGGCCGAUGAUGCUCUUUUGCGUGAUGGCAGACCGUGCUGGUGGCACAGGGCCGGUGUCUGUUCCCAUGGGGAAGCGAGGCCUGGGCACCUGCUCUCGCUCUUACUCCUGCUGCUGCCAUUGCUGCUAUCUCUUUCAGGGCUGCACCUCCUCCUCCUCCUGCAACACCUCCUCCUCUUCCUCCUCCGCCGGCCGGACCCGCAGCUUCUCCCUGCAUCCGCACCCCAUCCCACAGUGCUCCUCCAUCUCCGCCCAAAGACAGACCCCCCAGCACGGGACGCCUGCCUCUGUCAUCACCAUCACCCACCACAAGUCUCCCCCUGCCAGCCAACGGGCCUGCAGUCAGCAUCCUGCAGGACUGCACCAGGUCAAAGAGGUCAUGUCCCAGGCAGAAGGCCAACAAAAGAACCUGGUGAAUUCCAUUGAGUCGCUGCCGAGCCGAGGGCCACUGUCCUCCUUGGACCAGGACCUGCUCCUGCUCAAAGCCACGUCUGCAGCCACACUCAGCUGUCUGGGAGAAUGCCUGAGUAUCCUUCAGCACAAUGUGUGCCAGGCGGCCCAACAAAUCACCCACAGUCACAUCCAAGGAUCAAAUACAGAUAAUGUCUCUAAUUGGUCAAGGCCCAAGACCGCAUCAGAAGGCCAUGUGAAGAUUGGAGAAUUGACUCGUAACAAUACCGCAACUAUACAUCAGCCCCACUCUCCACUUCACAGGAACAAAGAACGGCUCAAAGACACGGAGAACUCCAGCUCAGAAUCGGUGGACUCCAGCGAGGAGAUCACAGACACUGAAGAUAAUGAGGAGGAAGACCUCGGAGUCUUGGAUGACCAGAGGAGCAUCAUCCUGCAUCUGCUGUCUCAACUCAAACUGGGCAUGGACCUCACACGGGUGGUGUUGCCCACAUUCAUCCUGGAGAAGCGCUCUCUUUUGGAGAUGUAUGCCAACUUCAUGGCCCAUCCGGAUGUGUUUUUGGCCAUCACAUCUGGAGCGACAGCAGAGGAACGUAUGAUCCGGUUUGUGGAAUACUAUUUGACUGCUUUCCACGAAGGUCGUAAAGGUGCUGUGGCCAAGAAGCCUUACAACCCCAUUCUGGGGGAGAGCUUCCAAUGCACAUGGGACGUACCCCAAGAUAAGGUGCGUCCCCUCAGGACUACCAGCUCAAGUCCAGCCCCUGCAGCUGCUCAUUCCACCCAGACCGCCUCCAAUGAAGGGUUAGGAUCUUACCGGCUACGUUUUGUGGCUGAGCAGGUGUCCCACCACCCCCCAGUCUCUGGAUUCUACUGCGAAUGCAAAGAGCGGCAGAUAUGCGUCAACACCCAUGUUUGGACUAAAAGCAAAUUCAUGGGCAUGUCCAUAGGUGUGUCAAUGGUUGGAGAAGGAGUGUUACAUCUCUUGGAGCAUGAUGAGGAGUAUGUGUUCACGCUGCCGUCUGCUUACGCUCGCUCCAUCCUCACAGUGCCCUGGGUGGAGCUGGGUGGGAAAGUUUCCAUCUGCUGCGCCAAAAGCGGAUACUCUUCCGCCGUCACAUUCCACACCAAACCCUUCUACGGAGGGAAGGUCCACAGAGUCACAGCUGAGGUGAAGCACAACCCCACCGGCACCAUCGUCUGCAAGGCUCAGGGGGAGUGGAACGGGACUCUGGAGUUCACCUACAGCAGCGGAGAGACCAAAGUGAUUGACACCUCCAAACUGCCAGUCAUUAAGAAGAAGAUCCGGCCACUGGAGAAACAGGGCCAGUAUGAAUCCAGGAGGCUAUGGCAGCGCGUGACAGCGGCACUGAAGGCCGGCGACAUCGAUGCGGCCUCUGAACACAAACACCAGUUAGAAGAGAAGCAGAGAAGAGAAGGGAAGCAGAGAACAGCCAGCAGCACCACCUGGAAACCCAAGUACUUCAUUAAAGAGGCGGACGGAUGGGUGUACCACAGUCCUCUGUGGAAGGCGAAGUGAAGUCAAGCUGGAGCCACAUGAUCUGGGUCCGUCACAGACCUCCAGCCCUGCAGAUGGGAGCGUCCAUGUGAGCGAGGGGCUGGCCGACCAAUGGGACUCGAGCAACAGGAAAAGACAUUGAUCCAUUUCUCCAACUCAACUCAUGGAGAAUGCAAGGUGCCAAAAACUAAAAAUGAGCUCGAGGGUGGUUUAAAGAAAAAAAGAAGAAAAAAAAAAAAACUCGAAAGCCCCUUUGGAUAAUGAAGAUUUGGAUGUGGAGGCCUGAACUGUGUGACCCGGUGCAAUAUCUUUAUAUUUGUAUAUUCAUUCUGGUAAUCAAUACUGAGUAAAGUGAUUUUCCACACAGGAGAGAUGUAGCAUCUGUAUCAGAGUAUAAAUGUUAUAUAACUAUUUUAGAACACCAUAAAGGCAGAUAUUGAUGCAAGCAGCAUUCUGGGUAUUCGAGAGCAGUGAUGUAUUCAUGUUCAAUAGAGCUCAUCUCUCAUGAUCUUACCAUUUUAAUUGAAUGACUGAAUCAAUCUUUCCAUACGAGGACAGUACUGUGCUUGAACUUCCUGAAGAAAGAAUAAAAUGGAUAUUUAAAGGAAUAGCUUUUAAAAUCAUGUGCAAAUGUAUUUUCCCCUCAUGAGGAUUUCGUAAGGUCAGUGAUAUGCAUGCAUUUUAGUCACUUCACUUUAAAUUCAAGUUGGGUUCUAAAAAGUAGAUCUUCAGGAGUUUGACCUUUUCACACGGUUU